AUGACAACCCUCCGCCCUUUUUCCGCCCUCGACGUCCUGAAAUUUAAUCCCACAAACCUCGAUCCCUUAACUGAAACAUACGAUCUCAGUUUUUACUUCUCCUAUCUAGCACGAUGGCCGCAUCUCUUUACCGUCGCUCUCUCCCCUUCUUCUGCCAUCACCGGUUACAUAAUGGGCAAAACUGAGUCCUCUCCACAAUCGAUGCUUCUCUCGCAAUCUCCGCAUUAUCUACCAUGGCACGCGCAUAUCACUGCUCUCACCGUAUCUCCCUCCGCGCGACGAUUAGGUCUUGCAAGAACUUUGUCUCAAGUUUUAGAGAAAGGAGGAGAAGAAUAUGAUGCUUGGUUUGUGGAUUUGUUUGUGAGGAAAAGUAACAUGAUUGCGCAGGAACUUUACAAGGGACUGGGUUAUAGUGUUUUCAGGACGGUCAAAGGAUAUUAUAAUGAGUUUGUCGGGGGAGAAGAGGUGGAUGAGGGUGAGGGGGAGGAUGCGUAUGAUAUGCGGAAACCGUUGAGGAGGGAUAAGAAUCUAAAACAUGUUCGGGAAAAUGGGGAGAGUUUCGAGGUUAUGCCGGAGGAUGUUUGGUAA